AAAAUGGAUAGACAAUAUGAUUUGUUAGAGAUGAUUGCACCGCCAAAAGAGAGCUGGAAGAUUCAUGUCAGAGUAAUCAGACUCUGGUCUUUACCAAAAUUCAAAGACCCCAAAUCCAGUAGCUCCAUUGAAAUGGUGUUGAUGGAUGAGCAGGGAAAAACUAUGCAUGAUUCUGUAGGUGAGGAUCUGAUAUCUGUGUUUGAGUCAUUGAUAUCGGAAGGAACUGUGUAUGUUUUUACAUACUUUGGAGUUAACAACAACUGUGGGUUGUAUCGCACAACAUCACAUCAAUUUCGGUUGUUUUUUCAAGAUAGAACUACUGUCUUACCCUCUUUCUGUGAUGCAAUACCAUUAUAUGGUAUUAAGUUGGUCCCUUUUAGAGAAAUUAUGGGAUACUCUCCUCAUCAUUCUUUUUUGGUUGACGUUACUGGAGUUAUGGCCGGCGUAGAGGGUGAGAGGAAAUACAUGAACGAUGGCAAACUUAUUAACAUGAUGGUCAUUCAUAUUGCGAAUGACGGUUUACAGCUUAAUAUUGUUGUUCUUGGAGAGAUGGUGGACCGGAUCAAGGAUUUUCUAGCAUCGGGCGAUCAACAACUGCCAAUAGUUAUUUUUCAAUUUGCAAGAGUAAAAAAUACUGGAGGUACAUGA